AUGUCGAACCCAUUGGACCAAGACCUCGGGGUCAUGGCGGAAGCUCGCCGACCCAGUGUGGUUGUUGAUGAGAAGACCGGCUUUCACGGAGAGGACCGAGAGCUCUCGACCUCAACCGGCGGCCGCUACGAGAAUGAGCCGACUAUGGAAGAGAUGAAGACGCUGCGCCGAGUGUCUGGCAAGAUCCCAUGGCAGGCAAUGACCAUCACAUUCGUGGAGUUCUGCGAGCGAUUCAGCUACUACGGAACGACCGCCGUCUUCGUCAACUUCCUCCAGCAGCCGCGUCCGUUCGGAUCUCGUACAGGCAACAUCCAGCCAAACCAGGCUUGUUACGAUGCCAUUGGCGAGGAUAACUGCCUGCAAGCUGGUGGACUCGGCCAGGGUCAGCAAGCUUCCACUGGUCUUACUACCUUCAACCAAUUCUGGGCCUACGUGAUGCCUCUUGUCGGAGGGUACAUCGCCGAUACCUACCUUGGACGAUACCUGACUAUCCAACUCUCGAUCAUUGCCGCCAUCGUCGGCCACACCAUCCUCAUCGUCUCCUCGAUCCCCAGCGUCAUGGACAACCCCGAGAGCGCUCUUGGUUGCUUCGCUGUUGGCCUGGUCAUCAUGGGUAUUGGUACUGGUGGUUUCAAGUCGAACAUCUCGCCUCUCCUCGCGGAACAAAUCCCACAGACCCGACCAGUUGUCAUCACCCUCAAAUCCGGCGAGCGUGUGAUCCGCGAUCCUCAAGUCACAUACUCUCGCGUCUUCCUCUACUUCUACCUGAUGAUCAACUUGGGCUCCCUCUCCGGCAGCAUUGGUAUGGUCUAUGCAGAGCGAGACAUUGGUUUCUGGCUGGCAUAUGCUCUGCCAACAUUCUUGUUCUUCCUCGCCCCAGUGGUCUUGAUCGGCUGCAAGAGAUUCUACAAGUUGGCACCUCCAACCGAGUCCGUGCUUUCCAAGUCCUUCAAGCUGUUGAGUCUUGCCAGCAAGGGAUGUUGGACAUUGAACCCUGUCUCGACUUACCGCAACUUUCAGCGUGCCGACUUCUGGGAUCGUGUCAAGCCUAGCGCUCUCGGCGACAGCGCACCCACAUGGCUGCAAGGCGUCGACGACGUCUGGGUCGACCAAGUCGCACGAGGAUUCAACGCCUGCAAGGUCUUCACCUGGUUGCCACUGUACUGGCUCGCCUACAACCAAAUGGUCAACAACUUGACCUCUCAAUCUGCCACCAUGGAGCUCAACGGCGUCCCCAACGAUCUCAUCAACAACCUCAACCCCGUCACGCUGGUCAUCUUCAUCCCCAUUUUCGACUUCUUCGUCUACCCAACCAUCCGCAAACUCGGCUUCCACUUUACCCCGAUCAAGCGCAUCACAUGGGGCUUCUUCGUCGCUUCCGCCGCUAUGAUCAGCAGCACCGUCAUCCAGUACUACAUCUACAAGGAGGCUCCUUGCCCGGACAACCUCCUCAGCGACCCGGAUGAGGGCUGCCAGGCCCCCAUCAACGUCUGGGUCCAAGCCGUGCCAUACUGCCUGAUCGGUUUCUCCGAGAUCUUCGCCUCGAUCACAGGAUUGGAGUACGCCUUCAGCAAGGCUCCCGAGAACAUGCGCGGCCUGGUCAUGGGUGUCAACCUCGUGCAGAACGCUUUCUCCGCUGCCAUUGGACAGGCGCUCGUGCCGCUGGCCAAGGACCCUCUCUUGACUUGGAACUACACGACUGUGUCUAUCCUGGCGUUCAUCGGUGGUGUUGGCUUCUGGUGGACGUGGAAGGAUCUGGAUGCUAGGGAGGAUGAGCUGAACUUGAUUGAGGAGAGCAAGUACAAGGGGCGAGUUAAGGCGAGGGAUGUGGAGAGUCCUGAGGAUUUGAGUGAGAAGUGA